CUAAUUUUUGGGAUUUAUAAUACUUUAUAAUUUAUAGUUUAUACAAAAAAAUAAGCUUCUUGUGACCCACCAAAAAUUUGUUCGAGGCCCAACAGUGGGACAAACCUGAAAUAGAGAAACAUUGCAUAUGUUUUAUGAAACAUUACCGACUUCAGAAAUUGUUUCUCUCUCUAAAUGGAGUUCCUUAACAAUACUUAAUGAACAAGAAUAUGAUUCAUCCAGUAUUCCUGACAAAGAAGAAGAUAGUAUAUUUUCUCCUACAUAUAAAAAGUCUUCUCCUUUCAUUCAGCGUGGUCACAGUGUUGACACAUGUCCAGGUUCUCCAGUAAUUGGUAAAGAAAAUAACUGUCAAAUAAGUACACUUUUGAUGAUUAUACAUUCUGGUAGUGUUCUAGAUGCUAAUUCUGAUAUAAUGGCAAAGAAAUCAGAUUUCACUACAUUUAGGGGAGCAUUUGAAUCAGUAAUGCGACAACACUACCCAAGUAUGAUUGGUCAUGUUGCGAUGAGACUUAUUCCUUGUCCGUCUAUAUGUGCUGAAGGACUUAGUGUAUUAUCAAAGUUGAGUCCUUACAGUUUUGAUGUAUCUCCGUCUGGUAUAGAAUGCACAAAUAUUACACAUGAUUCCGUCCCAAUAGGUGCUAUUCCUAUACUAGCAGGUUGCUCGCAUGAUUAUAAAGACAUAGUAUCUAAUGUUAUCCGUAUGGCAAAUCAAGUAUAUCGAGAGUUUAUAAAGUCAGACGAAGGCUUUGGAUUUAAUGGCCGAGUUUAUUUUAUAGGAGAUUCUAUGGGAUCUGUAAUAGGAUAUGAUGCUUUGUGUAGAAGUCCUGAUUCUCAUUCGUCACACGAUGCAAGUAGACAUAGCACUCCAGAACAUGUGCCGAAAAAAAAUGACAAUGAUGAUUGCACUUCCCUAGGGAGUAUGGACUCUUCUUUUAAGGUUUUAGUUACUCCACCAGUUAGAAGAAGAUCAUCAUCCACAAGUGACAGUAAUGUAUGCCUGGACUUCGAAGUUAACGAAAUGUUUAUGUUUGCAUCUCCGUUGUCACUUGUAUUAGCAUUUAGGAAAAUUUCAGCACAUAAAUAUGAUAAGUCAACUUCAAUUCAACGUCCAGCAUUGCAACAAGUUUACAAUUUAUUUCAUCCAUCUGACCCUAUCGCAUCUAGAUUAGAACCACUAAUUUCUGCAAAAUUUUCAAUUCUGCCACCUGUUAACAUACCUCGAUAUCAAAAAUAUCCUCUUGGAACAGGACAACCAUACUAUUUAUUAGAAGCAGUGCAAACAAAUCCACAAUUGUUUACCGAACACAAUCAUGCCAGGCGUACGUCUGAAGCAAGUAUUCUGAGUACAGUUUCUGGGAUAGGUGAUACACUUCCAAUUCAAGCAAUAAAUAAAUUGACAAAAAAAUGGUGGGGUUCUAAGAGAUUGGACUAUGCUUUGUAUUGUCCUGACGGAUUGUCAAAUUUCCCCACAAAUGCUUUGCCUCAUAUAUUUCAUGCUAGCUAUUGGGAAUCCUCAGAUGUCAUUGCAUUUAUUUUAAGACAAUUUGCUAUAUUUGACUAUAAUAGUUCGAUUGGAAAUGAGGAAAAGGAACUGGCUACUUUUAGCCCCAGUCAACCUAGAGAAAAAUGGCAGCGUAAAACGACUUUCAUUAAGAUAAAAAACUCUACUGCAAGCCAUCGAGCAAAUGAUGUAAUAAUUCGAGAAGGUUUGCCACAGAUAAUUAGUGCUCGUUUUAUUUAUGGACCAUUUGAUAUGUUUUCAUUGGCUGGGGAAAAAGUUGAUAUCCAUAUUAUUAGGGAACCUGGUAAUGGUGAAUGGACACAUUUAACUACAGAAGAUUCAGAUAAAAAUGGACGAGUCACCUAUACAAUACCAGAAAAUAAAUCUCUUGGAUUUGGAAUAUAUCCAGUUAAAAUGGUUGUUAGAGGAGAUCAUACAAGUGUAGAUUUUCUGUUAGCUAUUGUUCCAACUCAAACAGAAACCGUUGUAUUUAGCAUAGAUGGAUCAUUUUCUGCCAGUGUCUCUGUUACUGGCCGUGACCCAAAAGUUCGACCAGGCGCUGUUGACAUAGUGAGGUAAUGUGUACCAACAUAUUUGAUACACCUAGCCACCUAGGUGUCAAAAUUUGGCAAACUUGUUCAUUAUAUUUAAAUAAUA